UACAAUGCCCAAGCGGAAGCGUUACGAUCACGCGGUGAGAGGAUAAAUGCUGCCGACAAAAAGGCGAUUGAACUGCAAGCCGCAGAAGACGAGCUGUCGUCCUUGGAUAUCGUCGCAAACGAAAACAUGAUUCGCUUACGUGGUCGAGAGCUGGCAGCUGAUGCGCGAUUGGCCGGAGAAGGUGAAAUGCUGCUUGAGCGCCAUCGGUCACUUUCGGAGAAAUGGGAUCAACUCACAGAUCUCAUGGAAGCUACACGAGAACGUGCUUCUGUAGCCGAGAAGUGGAUCGAAGGCCAUGCCGCUCUGGAAAAGUGGCUGGGCGCGAAGCGUCGAAUGCUCUUGGCCAUAGGUGCUCCAACCACCGAUGCUGCCAUCGCAAGGACACAAAUGGGGCAAAUUCAGCUGAUCAGUGCCGAAAUGGAUGGAGAGCGAGACACCUAUAAAAAGUUAAAGGGCAUGCUGGAAUCUUUGCCUGGAGCAUCAUCAGAUGCCAGUCUUCACCCACUGAUGAGAGAGCUGAGUUCUGGAUGGGCCUCAUUCGAAAAGGAACUUGCUGAAAAAGAACGCAACGUUCAGCGAGCCUCGGAUUUGGGAGCAGAAAUCAAAUCCAUGCAAAAAGCUGUCAUGAAUGAUGUUGCUGUAUUGGAAUCAGAUAUUGAAAAGUUCGGAGCAUUACCGCCAUCAGAAGUUGAGGCUCGCUUGAAUGAAUUGUCUGCUCUCAAAUCGCAGCUGGUGGAUUUGUCCGAGCAGGUUGGACACAUGUCCCAGCUGAUCGAACCGUCGAGCGAUUUAGAAAUUGAUUCAAUGAAUAGAAACGAUCUAGACGAACAAAUGAGCAAUAUGAGGAAGAAAAUCGAUGAGGUACUUUUGCGUUAG